GUCUGACUUGCGCCUGCCCAGUCCGUGUCUCCGCUUUCUCCUUCACAGUGCCCCGUUGCACCGAGCUCUGCGCACUUUGACCGUAAACAAAAGAGACAUGGCUGAGAAAGACGUGGGGAGUGCGGUGCAGCAGGACAAGACAGGAAAAGGCGAACAGGCAGUGAACAAAGGCGACUGUGUGAAAUGUCACCACCACGCACCCAAAGGGCUUGGCACAAUGGCUGUCCCUCCUGCAUACGCUGACUUGGGGAAAUCUGCCAAAGACAUCUUCAACAAGGGCUACGGGUAUGGAGUUCUGAAGCUGGAUGUCAAGACCAAGUCCCAGAGUGGUGUUAUGGAGUUCGCCACCUCCGGUUCCAACAACACAGACACGGGGAAGUCGGGCGGUCACCUGGAGACCAAGUAUAAGAUCAAGGAGCUGGGCCUCAGCUUCAACCAGAAAUGGAACACAGACAACACUCUGACCACAGAAAUCACCAUGGAGGACCAGCUGGCUCAGGGCUUGAAGCUCGCUCUGGACACAUCAUUUGUGCCAAACACUGGCAAGAAGAGCGCCAAACUGAAGACUGGCUACAAGCGUGAAUAUGUCAAUGUGGGCUGUGACCUGGACUUCGACAUGGCCGGUCCCACCGUGCACGCAGCUGCCGUGCUGGGCUACGAGGGCUGGCUCGCUGGCUACCAGUUGGCCUUUGACACUGCCAAAUCUAAACUGACUCAGAACAACUUUGCCCUUGGAUACAAGGCUGGCGACUUUCAGCUUCAUACUAACGUCAAUGAUGGCACAGAGUUUGGUGGCUCCAUUCACCAAAAGGUGAACAGCAACUUGGAGUCAGCGGUGCACCUGGCCUGGACAGCGGGCAGCAACAACACACGCUUUGGGAUUGGGGCCAAAUACCAACUGGAGAAGGACGCCACCCUAUCUGCCAAAGUUAACAACGCCUGUCUUGUCGGAGUUGGAUACACACAAACCCUCAGGCCAGGAGUGAAGCUCACCCUCUCCGCUCUGAUCGACGGAAAGAACGUGAACGGCGGUGGACACAAAGUGGGCAUGGGUUUCGAGCUGGAGGCCUAAAUAUUCAUGAGGAGGACGGGCAAGCAGAGAGAGAGAAAGAGAGAGGAGGCAACACAGGAGAAGACUAAAGAGUCCAAAUGUGACAACACCACAAUGUUGCUCUCAGUGACACACACACACACACACACACACACACACUCACAAACACACACUGCAGAGUCCUACACACAUGCGUACAUGAAUACACACAUUCUUUGGCCUUAACCCUGACACCCCAAGCAACCUCCAAGAACUCCAGUACUGUAAUUUUUAAAGAAAUCAAGCAUCAUUUUUUUUUUUUUUAAAUGUUGCAUCAAUUACAGGUCCCACAACCAACUCUUGAGCACAUAUUAUAUAUUUCAUGAAAAACAACCAUUCACUAAAACAAUGUCCCACUUGUGACAUGAAGCACCGUCUCAUUUUGGCUGUGUGGUCAGGUGAUUUUUUUGGUUCAGCUAUAUUCCGGGUUUUAAAGAUAAACAAGAUAAUUAGAGGAUGCUUGUUUUGGUAUUUUGUGGUUUUGUUGCAUGAUGUUGAGGCUUAGUGAGAGGUGUUUGACUUCAUUGUCACACUGGCAAGUCAAGUGACUUGCAGGAAACACACAGAGUGGAUGGUCGUUCUCAGACUGCGUGGCCUAACUUUGAUUUCACCAUUAGACCUCAGUAACACAGUUAUACACUAUGAAACCUUCUGUUGCCGAAAUAUCAAUUUUUCAGCUCCUCUUUGGUAAAAAGGUCCCUGAGCCUCUUUGUCUUGUCUCGUUCUGUGUCCUGUACCUUUUAAUCCUUUACCACUACAUUUCACUUUAUCUGUGCUGUGCUUUUCAUAGGAAAGUUUAUCAACAGUUAGGACCUCAAUCGAAUUUUAUUGAAUUGACGGAAUAAAGAAUGUAAAACUUAA